UGAAGGUAUGAAACACACACCAUCAAAGGAAUAUCACAAAAGCUUAUAAGCCAAGAAGAAAAAAAAUGAGUUCCUAUUCCAUUGAGAAACAAAACCAUGUUGGGGAAACUCAAACCCCACAAAUAGAAGACAGUGAUACACUUUCUGCCUUGGUACUAGGUGCCAAUUUGGUUUUUCCAGCUGUUCUUAAUGCUGCAAUUCAACUCAACUUGUUUGAAAUCAUUGCUAAAGAAAGUUCACUAGAUAAUGGUGGAUUCUUAUCAGCUUUUGAAAUUGCUUCAAAGUUACCAACUCAACGGUCUGACUUACCGAAUAGGCUCGAUCGUAUGUUGCGCUUGCUUGCUAGCUACUCUCUUCUAUCUGUUUCCACUCAGACCAAUGAUGAUGGUAACAUCGUCAGAGUUUAUGGGAUCACCCCGUCGGGUAAAUAUUUUUCCAAUGACGAAAAUAGUGAUCAUGGUUAUCUUGGCUACUUCACAUCAUUUAUGUGUCAUCCUGCUUUGAUAGGGUUGUGGUUAAAUUUCAAGGAAGCAGUGGUUGAUCCAGAGGUUGACUUAUUCAAGAAAGUCAAUGGAAUUACCAAGUAUGAGUACAUGGGGAAAGAUCCACAAUUGAACCAAAUAUUCAACAACUCAAUGACUAAUGGAACCAAAAUUCACAUGAAAAAAAUCCUUGAAAUAUACAAAGGAUAUGAGGGAGUAUCAACUUUGGUUGAUGUAGGUGGUGGAAAUGGACAAACUCUCAAAAUGAUUAUUGAAAAAUAUCCAUCAAUAAAGGGAGUCAAUUUUGAUCUCCCUCAAGUGAUUGAAAAUGUCUCACUAAUUCCAGGGAUUGAGCAUGUUGGAGGAAGUAUGUUUGAAAGUAUUCCACAAGGAGAUGCCAUAAUGAUGAAGAGUGUAUGCCAUAAUUGGUCAGAUGAAAAAUGCAUAGAAAUCUUUAGCAAUUGUCACAAAGCUUUGCCUCAAAAUGGAAAGGUCAUACUUGUGGAGCUUUUAUUGCCAGAAUGUCCAGAAGCAACAGAUGCAUCUCGAAUGAUUUCAAUUGUUGAUAAUAUCAUGUUCAUCAAUGCUGGUGGAAAAGAAAGAACUGCAAAAGAAUAUGAAAGUUUGGCUCAACAAUCUGGAUUUUCAAGACUUGAAGUUGUUUCUUGUGCUUUCUCUAUUUUAGGAGUGAUGGAAAUUUACAAAUAAAUAAGUCAUAUUAGUAGUUUUCAUCUAGAAUAAAUAAGUCAUAUUGAUAUUGAUAUAUAGUAAAAUAUGACAUUUUAUUUUACUCUGAUGUCAAUGAUAUAAUUGGUCUUUUGUACUUAUCAAGAUUCAAGGCACGUCUGUAUUGAUUUUCUUCAUUAUCUUUUUGGUCUUUGAUCAAAAAAAUAUAUGAAAAAUAUCAUGUUCCUUUUA